ACGACAGAUGGUUCUUAAUCCGAGAGUGUCCCACGUUUGUGCAACAUUGUCAAGUAUAGAAAAACGGAAAUAUAAACGAAGUACAAACGAAAGUGUAUCUCACUAUCUUAAAAUAAGAUAAGCUGUACACUCACUUAUCUCUUAUCAAAGGUGUGAUUCAGUACGCGUUGCGCAGACAUUGUACAGUUAACGACAGCGUUUCGACCCUGUUCUUUCGUUUUCUCAUUUAUUGAUCCUAUUUCGGGAGAGAGAAAUGUUUUCGAAAAAAUUUGUGUGCUAUUUAACUAUAGCCUUACUUCUAAUGGGAAUCUUCCUGGAGGAAGUCGAGGCAAGGCGCAAAAUCUUGAGGGGCCGAAAAACCAUAACCAGACGUUAUUACAGAGGCACGGCUAUACCGGCUUGGGCCAUAGUACUUAUAACGGGUAUCAGCAUGCUACUGCUCGGUGGCGGACUUUAUGCGUUACUACAGAAAUUCGUGGUGGACGCCGGGGAGACCGGGGAGAGUCAUUCCUAUGCACCCGCGUUGCAGAUGGAGAGUUGAGUCACGCGGUUUUACUUCGAAAUUUCCAAAAAUGAAAAAAAUCUUCAUCUAUCGCUAUACUAAAUAAUCAACAUCAUAAAUUAUAUGUAGAAUUUUAAAUAAAACUUUUUGUAGAAAUAA